GAGAAAGGGUCUCAUCCAGGUUCACCCUUGAACGGAUUGCGGCAGCACGGCCUUUUCUCGGCAUGAAAAGUAACGGCAUUGCGUUAGAGGGUCGCUUACCGGUGCUGGUCGAGAAUGGUCUCACACACUUCAAUUUGAGGUACGCCCGAGAUUAUUGGUCUGCGUCUUAAUCAAAUUGCAGCUAAGGUACUCUCGGCCCGUUCGAGUUUGAGAUUAUGGCCCGUCGGAUCGGCCAUGACGCAGUGUUCACUCGCUUAGCACGACACUGGCGUGUGGCCUAUGAUCGGUGAACUACAGGUCGUCGUUGGAACGACGUCGAGGUGCUGCACCUUAUCCACCUGACAAAGGACAAGGAAUUUUCCAUACGGUUUAUCGAGUUCCUGUCAUUGACAGGUGACGUAUCUGAUGAUAGCAACGCUGCGCGCUCUUCUCACAUGCACUACGCAUGCCACAAAUGGGAUAAGGGCGAAAUUGGACACCUCCUCAGAACUGCUGGAUCGCAUUAGGGCGAAACGCCCGGAUUCCAUCAAAGCACCUGACGGACUCAACGACGCCACCCGAUCAUACAUCGUCCCAGGCCACAGAGAAAGUCUCGCCCUCAUCAGUCCCACCAUUUCUGCGGGUCGUGCAACCGACUCAGGCUCACCGCAGACAGCCAAAUAAAGGUAAGACUUGUGCUCCCGAUAGCUAGUCGCGACCGAGAUUUUUCCACGCCAAUCUCACGGAGAUGCGAUGCGGCAUGACCGAUGACACGCUCCUGUGGACCAUGGGCAGUGCGGUCAGGGACAAGCAAGCAAAGCUGGU